AGAGAAAUUAAUUUUUGUAUACAUUCUUGUAAAUCAUUGAAAAAAUAUUUGCUAACUUCUUUUGACUUUCAACUUGCUCUUCAAAUAUAUAUAUAAGAGUAAGCAAACCAUCAAUGGUGGAACUGCAACUCUGCGGGUGAAAGAGAUGAAAGCAGAGGUUUUGAUUAUCAUCACAGGAAUAGCCGUAACAGCCUUCUCCUCUCUAUUUCUCUAUCAUCAUCUCCUUCUCUUUACGGGAAGAGGAGAAGAUGCUGUAACAGAUUUCACCGCUGACAAUUCACGAUCACCGGUGAUGGUGGUCAACGACACUUUCUUCAUCUCCCACGGAUCGCCUACUCUCUCCAUCGACGAUUCCCUCCCUGCUCGACACUUCCUCAAAUCAUUCCGACACCUAGUCUUCACUCAAAACCCGUCAGCAAUUGUCGUUAUCUCCGCUCAUUGGGAGACAGCAGAGCCUACCGUCAAUGCCGUCGCCGGUGAAUCCUCUACUAUCUAUGACUUCUACGGAUUUCCUCAGUCAAUGUACAAGAUCAAAUAUCCUGCACCUGGAUCGCCAAAGUUAGCCAAGAGGAUAAGAGAAUUGCUGGAAACAUCCGGAUUUCCGCGAGUAAAGGAGGAUAAAGAGCGUGGACUGGAUCACGGAGCUUGGGUAUUGCUCAUGCUGAUGUAUCCAGACGCGAAUAUCCCUGUUUGCCAGCUCUCAAUUCAGCCAGACAAAGAUGCUACCUAUCAUUACAAUAUGGGAAGAGCAUUGGCCUCUCUAAAAGAGGAAGGGGUUCUCAUUAUUGGCUCUGGCUCUGCAACUCAUAAUCUUAGAGCGUUAAGCCAGUCAUUUGAUGGUUCUGUACCUGGCUGGGCUUUCGAGUUUGAUGCCUGGCUCACAGAUGCCCUUCACAGUGGCAGAUAUGAAGAUGUAAACCGUUAUGAAGAGAAGGCACCCCAUGCGAAAAUGGCUCACCCUUGGCCAGAUCAUUUCUAUCCGCUUAGUGUGGCCAUGGGUGCAGCAGCAGGAGGUGGUGGCGGAGGAAAAAGUACAAAGGCUGAGCUCGUACACCAUAGCUGGAGCAGGACUCUCUCGUAUGCCUCUUACAGGUUCACUUCACUUUGAUC